GUUGCACUUUUUUUUAUUUCGGAAAACUGCUUGUUGAUUCUUGUGGUCAAGGCUCCUUGGACUGAUAAUGUCCGAUUCGUCACUCAAACCACCCUCCAGUAAUCUUCCCCUAAGACCUCCUCAGGUGGUAGCUCUAGCAGGAUCCUCUGGUAGCCUCCAGUUGCCCAUAACUGCACCUCAGAAGCUGAACUCCUGCCCAAAUGGAUCAACAACCUCCUCAGCUUCUGGCUCUGCCACAGGAAAUCCACGCAACAAGUGUGCACUCAAGCCGGGCUACUCCCUGAUGAGCUGGAUACGGCUGUGCAAUUCCGGAGCGGAUCUAUCAGGGACAGGAGGACGUGUGGUACCAGUUUCCCGGACAGAAUUGGCCACGCACAACAAGAUCGACGAUGCUUGGAUGGCGAUUCGAGGUCGAGUUUUCAAUGUCACCCGCUACAUGGAUUUUCAUCCAGGCGGAGUGGACGAACUGAUGAGGGGAGUUGGACGCGAUGCUACCAAAUUAUUUGACGAGGUGCACGCCUGGGUCAACUAUCCGCAAUUGUUGGGGAAAUGCUACGUGGGACCAUUAAAAGAGAAUGAGACAAAACCGGCCAAAGAAGCUCCUCUGAUUACAAACGCGAUUUUAAAACCUCCGGAGAUUGUGCCUCGUUUUGAUUGGAUUCAACAGAGGAGUGAACUUACGCUAAUCUUUUACACCCGCGGUUUGGCCAAUCCAGGCUUGCUAAUUCGACGGAAGAAUUCCCAGCAACUCGCUGUACGGGUUUUGGUGAAGCACAAUUGGCAUCAUUUUGACUUUCAGCUAAACAACAAUGUAGAAUGGCCUCCAAAAGUAACGAAAAUAGGUGCGGAGACGGGAAAGAUUGAGUUGGUCCUGGGCAAGGAAGAGCCAGCACCGUGGCCAACAUAUGGAACACAUGUAUCUAGCAAAGUAGACUCAGCUAGCAUACAAGAUGAAACCUAUCAGUAUGAGGUAACUCAGCACAAGGACAUCAAUCAUGACUCCUUUAGGGUCAGCCUGCAAAGCACUCAGCGCGAGGUUUUGAUGGUCUUGCCGGUUGGUUACCAUGUGGAUAUAGAAGUCCCACUAGAGAGCGGAGUAACUCUUAGAAGCUACACUCCUGUGGAUCAGUCUUUUCUUCAUUCAGAUUCCUCUUCUAGUGAAGAAUGUUUAAACUUCCUUAUCAAAAGGUAUCCCAAUGGGCUUGUCUCCAGUCACAUACAUCAGCUCAAAGUUGGCUCACACGUCCAAUUGAGUCCACCCCGGGGAUCUUUCCAGCUUUCGGAGCUCACUGCACAUAGAAACGUUCUUCUCUUGGCAGCAGGAAGCGGUUUAACGCCUAUUUUAAGUUUAAUAUCGCCAAUCUUGAAGAGAAAUACUAAUCGAAUCGAAAGCUUGAUAUUGAUGUACUUCAACAAAACUCCAGAAGAUACAUGGUUGAAGGAGAAACUAGAGGAGAUACACUCGCGAGAUGAGAGAUUCACCUGCACAAAUAUUUUCUCCCAGGUCAAGGAUAAUUCACAAAGGAUAUCUCUGGAGCUACUAGCUCCCAUGUUCCAAAAAAAGCAACCGGAAAGAUGUACUUAUGUGGCAAUCUGUGGACCAAGUGGUUUUAAUGACGCUGCUGUAGAUAUUUUAUGCCAGCUGGAUGUUAAGGCCAAUCAAAUUCACGUAUUCCGCGGCUAAGUGGGAACAAAUUUUUAUUGCGCACUUAAUCUUCAUUAUUUUUAUUUAUUGUAUAGCAAAUGUUUUCGACUUUCGACCUUUUUUAUUGUUUUUACAUGUUUUCGUUUUAAUAAUUUAAUAAGUUUAACAAAUACUAGAAAAUUGUA